CUGGAAGGUAGAGCGCAGAAAAACUGGUUUAGCUUUCUUCGUUCUUCUUGGGAAUGCAGAGAGAUGAGAGGACCUGCGCUGACCAAAUCUGAAGUGGGUGGCCCUACCAAGCGCAGAAUCGGCGGCAGGAAUUGCCACCGGAAACACGUCGAAGACGGGUGAUCCUCACGCGCCGCCACCCAACCCCGCUUCAUUUCUUUGUUUCUUUCUUUGUAAUCCCUGCUCAUCUGUAAAUAUACCCAGUUCAGAUUUCGCACUACUUGUAAUUUCUGCUGAGAUUUGAUCUUUCCUUGAUCGAUAAACAUGGGUGAGAAGGCCAAAGAUUCUUGCCAUUCCGCGUUGCUCCACGGGAAGUACGAGCUCGGUCGUCUUCUGGGUCACGGCACUUUUGCUAAGGUCUACCAUGCCAAGAACUUGCAGAGCGGGAAAAGCGUGGCUCUGAAGGUGGUGGGCAAAGAGAAAGUAAUCAAAGUGGGCAUGAUGGAGCAAAUCAAGAGGGAGAUUUCUGUGAUGAAGAUGGUUGAGCAUCCCAACAUCGUUGAGCUGUAUGAGGUUAUGGCGAGCAAAUCCAAGAUCUACAUCGCUAUGGAGCUCGUUCGAGGCGGCGAGCUCUUCAACAAGAUCGCAAGAGGUCGCCUGAGGGAAGACGUCGCACGAGUCUAUUUCCAGCAGUUGAUCUCCGCCAUCGAUUUCUGCCACAGUCGCGGCGUUUACCACCGGGAUCUCAAGCCGGAGAAUCUGCUUCUCGACGAGGAUGGGAAUUUGAAGGUCACUGAUUUUGGCCUGAGCACGUUUGCUGAGCACUUGCGCCAAGAUGGGUUGCUUCACACCACUUGUGGUACUCCGGCGUACGUGGCACCGGAGGUAAUUGGGAGGAAAGGCUACGACGGCGCCAAGACCGAUAUCUGGUCUUGUGGGGUCAUCCUGUAUGUGCUUCUCGCCGGAUUCUUGCCCUUCCAGGAUGACAACUUGAUGGCUAUGUACCGGAAAAUCUACAGGGGAGACUUCAAAUGCCCGCCGUGGUUCUCUUCCGACGCUCGCCGGCUGAUAACAAAGCUUCUCGACCCGAACCCUAGCACCCGAAUCACCAUUUCCAAAAUCAUGGACUCGACCUGGUUCAAAAAAUCUGUCCCUAAGAACAUUGUGACGAAGGAGGAACAGGAAUUCGAUUUUGAUUGCGAGAAAUCAAAGCAACAAGCGCCGGCAACAAUGAACGCGUUUCACAUAAUAUCAUUAUCGGAAGGGUUCGAUUUGUCUCCACUGUUCGAAGAGAAGAAGAGAGAGGAGAAGGAGGAGCUGAGAUUCGCGACAACGAGGCCGGCGAGCAGCGUGAUAUCAAAACUAGAAGAGGUGGCGAAGGCGGAGAAGUUCAACGUGAAGAAGAGCGACACAAGAGUGAGACUGCAGAGACAGGAAUGCGGAAGAAAAGGGAAGCUGGCGAUUGCGGCGGACAUAUACGCCGUGACGCCGUCGUUUCUGGUGGUGGAAGUGAAGAAGGACAACGGCGAUACCUUAGAGUAUAACCAAUUCUGCAGAAAAGAGCUCCGCCCUGCGCUGAAAGACAUCGUGUGGACGUCGCCGCCGGAAAACUCCGCGCCUGCUUGAUGAUGUCGUUUUCUGUGAUUAAUUAAUGUCGUUUGUCACAUUCAUCGUCGUUUAUUUCGUUUAAUUGUUAUUCUUGUUUUAAUUAAGAAAAUCAUCAUGCACAGGCCAUGGUUAAUGUCUAUGCUGGGUUAUUGUUCCGAUUUGAAUAUUAUUGUGUCUGGGGAAAUCUCUUGUGCCUUUUGAACUUUGUCAUCCCUAAAGGGGAAAUGGUGAAAAGGGCAAGAAUAAGUGAACAUUCUUGUGUUGUGAUGUUAUUAAAAUGUUUGUGGGAUUGUGAAAGGUGAAUUUGUGUGGCUUUUUAGAAUUAGAUUCUGUGAUGAA